AUGAACGCCGCCACUACACCCAUAAAUGAUGAUGAUGUUGGGGAGGAAUGGAUAUACCCCUGGCCCACAAACUUCCACCUCAGCGAGCAUUAUAUCGAUGAUAUUUUGUCGUUGAAAGUUUGUGUUAUUGGGGCGGGUUUGGCGGGGAUUACUGCUGGGGUUAUGUUGCCGGCCAAGGUUCCUGGGAUUGAAUUGACGAUUCUUGAGAAGAAUGGGGAUGUGGGAGGGACGUGGUAUGAGAAUGUUUAUCCUGGAGUUCGAUGCGACGUCCCAAGCACUGUCUACCAAGCAUCAUUCUCACCCAACAAAAACUGGAGCGAACAAUACGCCCAAGGUUCAGAGAUUCUCGAAUACUGGAAAUCCAUUGCAAGGAAAUUCGACGUCUACUCCAUGCUAAGACUCAACACCAAAGUGGUUGCAUCACACUGGGAUCCCUCCCGAUCACAAUGGAGAGUAGAGACUACCAAUGUCACCACAGGGGAGGAAGCAGUCGAGUACUUUCACUUCCUCAUCACAGCGAUUGGGCAUUUCAACGAGUGGAAGCUGCCUUCAUAUCCGGGCAUGUCUGACUUCCGGGGCGUAAUCCACCACUCCUCGGCCUGGGACCCUGCCUUUGAUGCGCGCGGGAAACGUAUCGCGACGAUUGGGAAUGGGGCUUCGGGGAUUCAAGUCACGACUGCUUUGCAGAAGAUUGCCGGGCAUAUUGAUCAUUAUGCACGAAAUCCAACAUGGAUCGCGGGAUCUUUUAAUUCUGCGCUGGAGGAUAGGAAGGAUGAACCUAUGCCUUUUACACCGGAAGAACGGAGAGCUUUUGAAAAUCCGGCUGAAUAUCUCAAGUAUCGAAAGGGUUUGGAAGGGAGUUUCUUUCGGGGCUUUGAUGGACAGCUCAAAGGUUCCGAGACCAGUCGGAAUGCCAAACGAAAAUUUCUGGAAUCUAUGAAGCGGAGACUGGAGGAUGGUGAUGAGGAGUUGGUGGCUAAGCUUACUCCUACUUUCCCACCCAAUUGUCGCAGAUUGACGCCUGGUCCGGGAUAUCUUGAAGCUUUGAAGGCGGAGAAUGUGAGGUUGAUUCAGACUCCUAUUGAGAGAUUCACGGCUUCUGGGAUCGUUACUACAGAUGGGAUUCACAGAGAGGUUGACGCCGUGAUUGCUUCCACAGGUGCCAACGUCGAUUAUGCACCCCCUUUCCCAAUCACGGCGAACGGGCUCGAUCUGUCCAAAGACUGGAAGCCGGAGGGGAAGUUUGGAUUUCCAUACUCUUACUUGGGCCUCUGCACGCCUGGUUUCCCGAAUCUUGCAUACAUUCUCGGACCAAAUCCCGCAGGCAUCAAUGGAACGGUACCUCAUGCUGUGGAGACCCAAGUCACAUACAUGGCCAAGAUGCUACGAAAAAUGUCCUCGCAACGUAUCAAGAGUAUGACGCCGUCCAAAGCUGCGACGGAUGAUUUUGUUGAAUAUUGUGAUGCGUUCUUUCCACGUACGAAUCUCUCGCUGAAUUGCAGUAGUUGGUCCAAUGGAGGGAGAGCCGGGAAUCGAAUUCAUGGCCACUGGCCCGGGUCAGGUAGUCAUAGUACACGAGCGAAGGCCGAACCACGCUGGGAGGACUUUGAAUACGAGUAUGAGCGACCGGAGAAUAGAUUCGCAUACUUUGGCAAUGGCCAGACAAGAAUGGAAAAUGAUCCGGAGUCUGACAUGACUCCUUAUCUCAGCGAGAAUCCGGACCUCAGGGACCUCCUUGAGAAGUGGUAUUUGUAA